AUGUUGCCGCACUGGACUCGCCUCUUUGAUCCCGCUCCCGCUCUCGCUCCCGCACCCGCACCCGCCACCGCCGCCACCGCGUCGUCGUCGCUAUUGUACACGCUCGAACAGGAUCACUCGCUGGCGGUCCGCAUCACUGCUUGUCACGCACUUGGCGCUCUGCUGCACGCGUCCGCCAAGUCUGGCAUGCUGAAUGCCGCCCAAGAGAGGCGCUCACAGCUGCGCUUCAUCGUGCCAUCGCACAAGCUCAAGCUCAGAGAGGCGUAUCGCGAGCGCUGGCUUCGUACACGGAUGCGCUCCUCAAGGUGGGGGGGUGCGGGUGCGGGUGUGGCGGGCGCAUCGGCAUCGCUUGCACCCGAUGAACAGGACCACUCGAUGCCGCUACUCGCGACGCUGUUAAACACGAUCGAAGCCGAUGACUGCGAAGAUGGCAUCGCGACGCAAGCUUGGUCCACCUUGGCAGCAUUGAUCGAUCGCCAUCCCGUCGAGCAGUGA